AUGAAUCUCUUAUUAUCCGAUGAUUACCUCUUGCAGGAUUACCCCGAGACCAUCACAAAUUGGAUUCGGUCAGGGCGCACCACGAUGAUCCGUUUCGACUACAAGGGCGAUUUUCUGGCGAGCGGACGAGCUGAUGGCGUCGUUGUCAUCUGGGAUAUGGAAACAAUGGGUGUCGCGCGCAAGCUGAGGGGCCACAAAGCUGUCAUCACAUUCCUCUGCUGGUCGCGCUGCGGCAGGUACCUGUUUUCGACCUGUCAAGGGUGGAAAGGGAUACUCUGGGACCUUGAGGAUGGCAGUCGGCUACGAGAGAUUCGUUUCGAAGCGCCUGUAUACAUGGGUAUGCUCCAUCCAUGGAACCAUUUCCAGGUCGUGGUGGCGCUCUUUGCCAAACAGCCUUGCCUUGUCGACAUGACCGAUGGCGUCGAUACGAAAUAUACCUUGUUGUCCGCGCCGAAACGGCCAGAAGGAAAGGUGUCCGAGAAAGAGAUUAAAGCAGACGCCGACGAAACCACGACCUCGGCGAUAUGGACGUUGACUGGUGACCAUAUUCUGGCGGGUACCGUCAGAGGCUGGAUCAACAUCAUCGACGCAUCUUCACGUGAAGUGAUCUACUCCGAAAAAGUCUGCUCAGGCGCCGUCACCUCCAUGCGUCUCACAAGCUCGGGGCGUGAGCUGCUGAUUAAUUCACAAGACCGUGUGAUUCGCACAUUUCGCGUUCCCGACCUGUCUGCAGAGAACCUGGACCUCGAUACGAUACAAUUUGCACUCGAGCACAAGUUCCAAGAUGUCGUAAACAAGCUCGCGUGGAAUAAUGUCACGUUCAGCGCCACGGGGGAGUACGUGGCCGCCUCUGCAUACAACAAUCACGAGCUCUACGUGUGGGAGAGGAACCGCGGCAGUCUGGUGUGUAUGCUCAAGGACCCAAAGGAAGAGCAAGGCGUGAUCGAGUGGCAUCCGUCAAAACCAGUCGUCGUGGUGUGCGGCAUGGAAACGGGACGCAUAUACAUCUGGUCGGUCGUCAGCCCGCAAAAGUGGUCCGCGCUGGCACCAGACUUUGCCGAGGUGGAGGAAAAUGUCGAGUACAUUGAGCGGGAGGACGAGUUUGACAUUUACAACCAGGAGGAGAUUCACCGACGGAGACUGGAUGCGGAAGACGAGGAGGUGGAUGUCAUGACACCAGAUCCAGCCUCGAAAGCCAUGUACAACGGCGACAGCUUUCGGAUGCCGGUUCUCUUCGACGUGGGCAAGAGUGACAGCGAGGAGGAGUUUAUCGAAGUGUCUACCGGCACCAUGCGGCGUCGCAGUCCGGGCGAUGGGCAAGACGAUGAUGACGACGGAGGCACCGUCAAGAAGGCCACGGGUAAGGGAGGUCGCAGGCGGAAGGUGUAG